AUGCGACACAUCACCAGAUCUCGGGAAGUUCUGAUACGCCUAGCGACGACGACACCGACAACCAGCCCCUUCAACGGAAUCGCCAGGUACGUUUGCAUGCCGUUCCUUUCCUCUGCGUCCACUGUACCCGUCAAUUUACUAACGUCGUGUCUGUUCCACAGUUCCAUAAUUCAAAAUGAGUACGUCCCAUGUCGAAAUAUCGCACCGCGAUCCUCCGCAACCUCGAAUCUGUUGAAACUAACAACCACUGCAGCGAAGGGUACCUCGAGCUUCGGAAAGCGCCACAACAAGACGCACACUCUCUGCCGUCGUUGUGGCAAGCGGUCUUUCCACAUCCAGAAGUCGACCUGUGCCAACUGUGGCUACCCUGCCGCCAAGACCCGCAAGUUCAACUGGGGUGAGAAGGCUAAGCGCCGCAAGACCACCGGCUCCGGCCGCAUGCGCUCCCUCCGCGACGUCCACCGCCGCUUCCAGAACGGCUUCCAGACUGGUACUCCCAAGGGUGCCCGUGGCCCCGAGACCAACUAG